AUGUUCAGCAGCACCAAGAUCUUCGCUUUGUACGCUGUCGCUAUGGCCACUUCCAACCGUGGCGCACAUGCUGAAAAAGCAGUCGCCGAGACGUUUGGACUACUCGGUGGUCACGGUGUGGGUGUAGCCGUCCCGGGUGUUGCAAGCGUCGGUGUCGCAGCUCCCGGCUACGUAGGCGUGAAUGGCCUUGGUGUUGGUGUCGGCUUGAAUGGCCCCGGUGUCGGUGUCGGCUUAAAUGGCCCCGGUGUCGGUGUCGGUUUAAACGGCGUUGGCCUCCGUGUUGGCCAUGGCGGAUACCCCGAUGGUGUCGGUUUGAACAGCGCUGGUGCUGACAUCGGCGUUGAUGCUGACGUUGGCAUCGGUGCUGACGUUGGCGUCGGCGGGUAUCCUGGUGGUGUCGUGUAUCCGGGCACCGUCGAUGUGACUGGCAACCCUACAGUCGGCGCUCAUGAUGUCAACGUGAAGACCGGCGGGGGCAACGGCGGCUCGAGCAAGACUGUGACUGUGACGAACGGCGACGGCACCAGUACCGGAACGGCCUCCACUGGCACGGGUGCAGGUGGCGCAUCGACGAGUGCUUCUGCGAGCGCUUCUGCAUCUGCUACUGCCAGUGCAACUGCUGGGGCGAAGACCGGGACAAGCGACACUUCUCAGAAAGUGUACCGCAAGCUUCGCUUGGAGAAGUGA